GCAAUGUUGACAAGUUGUGUUCGUUAAAAUAUUUUUUAAAAACAGGAUUAUUUACGCUUUUCUAGAAAGAAGAUCGGAUCGAUUGAUAACUUCUUUAUCACUGUAUGAAUUGAAAAUAAUUGAUUGCGUCACACAGUUCACGCAUAAGUGAAUUUUAGUGUCUGUUUUCUCGCCUUGUACAAAAUUUAACAUCCAAAGACUUCGAAGUAUAUGUGGCUUAUAUAUCACCAUGGGGAUCAGAUAUUGAGGAGCUAUAUGUGGGGAUUCGAGAAGAAAAAUCCUAAAUGCCAAGGAUAACUGGUUGUACUUUAGGCUUCGAUCCUCGAAAGAGCGCAUCCUUGGAUUGUUAAGUAUGUCUGAUGCUGUCAUCUCAUUAACGGCCUCUCUUGUGCGAGAGUAUCUUAGCAGAAAGGGAUUAAAAAGCACUUUGCAGACAUUGGAUGAAGAAAUGCCAAGGACUGAUGAUAGUAUCAGUAACCGUGCUCAACUUGCCAAAGAAAUGCACAUUGAAAAGCUCAUGAAAAAGAACAAGGAGCUUCCUGAACCAUUCCGUACCAUGUUGGAAGUCAUGGUUAAGUAUAUCAAAGAACAAGGUGGCUUGAGUUCCUCGUCAUCAGUAGUAGCUGACAAAGUACAUGAAAGACCAAGAUCAUCCAGGGGAGCCAGAAAAGAUACAGGAAACAAGGCACUGGCGCAGCCAUCAAACAGUGAUAUUACAAAUCAGAGUGAAAAACUUGAUGAUAAAGAUGACAGAAAAGGUUAUGAUGAUCUCUUAAAACAGCUGGAAAAACCAGCAAGAAAUAUUCCAGCUACUAAACCAAGCUUGCUAACCAAUGAUUUAAGGAUAAAAUUGAAUUCUGAUGAAUCACAUAGUACGGCAGGGAAUACAAAUACACCUGUUUCAACAGGUUCUAGUGGUUUCUCAGAACCUUCAAUGACCACACCCUCAAUGUCAAGUGAUCCAAAGGCAAAACUCAAGAGUAAAAGAAGACCAAAUGCCACAGGAGGACCAGUUAUCAGCUCUGGAUUGGCUGGUAAGAGAGAUUCAAGGCUGCGUCCUGGUAGUGGAAGACUAAGCAGCAGCUUGUCAGGUUUGAACAAUGGAAGUUUGUUCGGAGAUGAUGACGAGAGCAAAGAGCAGAACAUUGCACAGAAUCAAAAACUGGAUGUGCAAGAAAAUCAUAUUGAUAGGCUUCCUAGGUCACAGGAUUUUUCACUUGAUCAAAGUAGCAAAGAUCGCCACCAACUGGGCGACAUUUCUUCAAGGGAAUCAAGGAAAAGUACAUCGAAGAGGAGCUCAACAAGGAAGAAAUAUGUCGCAGCUGGAAGGGAGAAUUACCAACCAGACUUUGGGAGUUUCAUGGGCUUGAAAAAUCUUAUCUUUGGAACUGCUACAGCGAGCUUUAAUCCGGAAUGGAGGAAUCAGAGCUUUUCUUUCUGUGAUCUUUAUCAAUUAGAAUAUGGAAUUGUGCAACUAAAGGGUGGGCCAUGUGGUGUACUUGCUGCUGUACAAGGAUUUGUUCUCAAACAUUUGCUGUUCGGAGGAAAGAAGGGAGACACGAAGAAGAAACUCCAGCCAUCUUCCCGAGAGAGAACGAAAGCUCUAACGUCUGCUCUGAGUGAAAUUCUUUGGAGGGCAGGAGACCACAAAACAGCUACUGUAGCUCUACCAACUGGUGGCUCCAAUUUUUUUGGUGCCGGAAGAUACAAACCCGACCAGCUGACAGAAGCGCUUGUUUUGCAUGAUUUCAAGUCAUCUGAAAGUCUUCAAAGCUUUCUCGCCCAAAACAUAACUCAGUUUGAAUCUGACAAAAGUAGCGGGUGUAUUUUGUUGUUGUAUUCUGUGAUGUUGUCAAGAUCAAUUCAAAAGGUAAUAUUAGAUAUGGAUGAACCAACGAAUACCCUGAUGGGAGCCCACGGUUAUUGCACACAGGAAAUGGUGAAUUUGAUAGUCACUGGCAAAGCUUCGUCCAACACAUUUGACAACAUUAUGGAAAUCGAUACUGGAGGAGCUAAGAAGAAUGUUUUUAAAGGAAUAGAAAAACAAAGUGACAUUGGACUUCUAUCGCUAUUUGAACAUUACAAGUCAUGCGAGGUUGGUGUUAACUUCAAAAGCCCCAAGUUUCCCAUCUGGGUCAUUUGCAGUGAGAGUCACUUCAGUGUACUGUUCUCUGUGGACAGAAACCUCUUGGAUGAUUGGAAGUUUGAAAAGACGUUUGAUCUUUAUUACUAUGACGGUCUGGCCCGUCAAGAGGAGGAGAUUAAACUAACCAUAGAUACAACCAGGGAAUGUCCGGAGUACAAAGACACUGAUCUUGUUCCUCCACUAGAACACUGUAUUAGAACAAGAUGGAAAAAUGCUGUUGUAGACUGGAAUGGAACGGAGCCAAUUUUGUGAUGUUCGCUUGCGUUGAAUUCAAUAAAACCAGGAGUUCUUCUGUGAGUGGAUCUACAGACAAGAAUUUCGACAAUCUUGGUGAAAAAAUUUUCCUUAAAAUUCCUUCAGCGCUACGUGCAUGGAAUCUUCCCUGUUAUCGCUACAGUGAGAUACCUGAAGAAACUGUUCAAGUGACUCAUUUUUGUUGCAGUGGUAUUGUUCAUUGUGUAAAUAAACAAACAGAU